AUCGCCUUAUGACAUCACCUGGCCUCGCGUAGUUGACCAAUGCAACACGAAAACAGCUGACGCGUUUACACAAAAACAUUUAGAUUUUCAUACAAUUUCUUUAUAAUAUACAUGUUUAUAUGAUAACAAAAUGGAAGGUUUAAAAUCUGGUUAUGGGAUACGCGUGGUGACGCCGUCACCUGAACACACCUUCGAGCUGGAAGAAAAGAUGCUUUCAGAUCUCCUACUACGAGAUGAUGUCAAAGACUGCUCGGUCGUGGUCCUUUCUGUGGCCGGUCCUUAUAGGAAGGGCAAGUCCUUCUUGUUGGACUUCUUCCUUCGUUACCUUCAGCAAACGUACAAUGUAAAAGAUGGCAGCGACUGGUUAGGGGCAGAAAAUGUUCCUCUCAGCGGUUUCUCCUGGCGAGGCGGUUCUGACAGAGACACAACGGGCUUGCUGCUCUGGUCACAACCAUUUUUCACCACCCUACCCACUGGGAAAAAGGUUGUUAUAUUUCUAAUGGAUACUCAAGGCACAUUCGACAGCGAGUCCACAGUUAAAGACAACGCCACGGUCUUCGCUCUAUCCACCAUGCUGUCUUCUGUGCAAAUCUAUAACUUAUCACAAAACAUAGAAGAGGAUGAUUUACAGCAUUUACAGCUGUUCACAGACUACGGCCGCCUCGCCCAGCAGAAUAUUACAGGGAAGCCAUUUCAGCAAUUGCUGUUGAUGAUCAGGGACUGGAGCGCCCCCUACGAGUACGCUUAUGGCGCGGCAGGUGGAUCAAAGCUCCUGGAAAAGAGGCUGGAGAUUCAUGAAGACCAGCAUGAAGAAUUGAAAUCCAUCAGACGGCACAUCGCGGCGUGCUUCGAGAAGCUAACGUGCUUUCUGAUGCCACACCCUGGCCUCAACGUGGCCACCAAUCCCAAUUUUGAUGGAAAACUCGCCGAAAUUAGCCCCGAGUUUAAAACGUGCCUUCGUGAGCUUGUCCCGCUAAUGUUGGCGCCAGAAAACUUGCUCGUGAAGAAGAUUGCUGGCCAAGAGUUAAAGGCGAAAGACUUGUUAUUUUAUUUCAAGGCGUAUUUGAAUAUUUUUAACGGGGAUGAUUUGCCGGAACCGAAAAGUAUAUUAGCGGCCACGGCGGAGGCCAACAACCUAUCGGCAGUAUCGGACGCGCGUGAUGUGUAUGAAACUUUAAUGGAGGAAGUGGUUGGUGGAAACCAGCCGUAUCUGGACCCCGCCCAGCUGGAGGAGCAGCACCAGCGUGCCAAGAACAAGGCCCUGCACGCCUUCCACAGCAAGCGGAAAAUGGGGGGAGAUAACCUUGAAGCUACAUAUAUGGAAAAGUUGACUAAGGAGCUUGAGGAGAACUACGAACAAUACCGCGCUCACAACGAAGCCAAGAACUUAUUCGGCAUGGUGGGCACGCCGACCCUGCUCGCUGCGCUGGCGCUGCUCGGCUUCCUCGUCAGCUUUGUUGGCUCCACGCUGGGGGUACAGACUGUGGUCGCGUUGGGGCAGAUCAUUGCUAUUGGGGCACUUGUUUUGCUCGGCUUUUGGACGUAUACCAGAAUAAGUGGCAAUAUGCGCGAUGUUGGUCAGCAGAUCGAUCGAGUAGCUGACAUAAUACGAACUCAUGUAACACGACAAAUUCUUGGCGCGGCUGCAAGCCAACUGGCGCCAUCUUUGGGACCGUCGAGAGAGAAACAAGCGUAGGGAUCUCAUUCAACAUUCUUGAUUCUAGUCCCGUUUCCGCCAUUUUGUUAAUAAUACAGUACUGUCAGGUUCCAGAAGAUUCGAUCUACAAUUUUGAAAGAAUAGAAUUUGGCAAAGCACGCCUUCUUAAGGGCAGUUCUGCAAAGUUGAAUCUAUGUACCUACUCAAUAAAAAAAGAGAUUACGAAUAGAUUUAAAUGUAACGUGUAUUACGACAAUAAUUUUUAUAAAAAUAGUUAUAGGGUCAUUAACGUAGUCACAUGAAAUAACGUCACAAUUUUUUAAAGAAAAAAUGCCACCGUAUUAUGAAGCUGUACUUACAAUUUACUAAUUCAAUUCAAUAUUUUUUUAAGUCGGAAAUACCUGUAAAUUUACUACAUAAAGAUAGUUUAUAAUAUAAAUUAUUGUGUUAUUUUUUGUUCCAUUUUCGACCAAGUAUUUUCACUUAAAAGAACCUUAGAAAUGAAGCACCAAUAACUGUAUAAGCCGAUUUUGUAAUUAUUUUUCACUAAUAAAUAUGUAACAAAUGUAAAAAAAUUGGAGUAUGUUAUAAGUAACAUAUUUU